AUGAGCAAGUACCCGCAUUUGCUACAACCACUCGAUCUGGGCUUCACGAAGCUCAAGAAUCGCGUACUUAUGGGCUCCAUGCAUACAGGACUUGAGGAGGGAAAGUCGCUCACUCGUCUCGCUGCUUUCUUUGCCGAAAGAGCAAAGGGGAAUGUAGGUCUUAUUGUCACGGGAGGGAUUGCUCCUAAUCGUGCAGGCCGAGUGAGCCCUCUGGCUGCUAAGUUAACAACACAACGCGAGGUGAUUGCUCACAAGGAAGUGACUCAGGCAGUGCAUGACAAUGAUGGUAAAAUCGCUAUGCAGAUACUGCACAGUGGACGCUAUGGAUAUCAUCCAUUCGCUGUGGCUCCGUCACCAAUAAAAGCCCCAAUUGGUUGGUUUACGCCACGAGAAUUGUCAAAUGCUGCGGUAAAAAGUACGAUUGAAGAUUAUGCAAAUUGUGCUGCACGGGCACGGGAAGCUGGUUAUGAUGGCGUGGAGAUUAUGGGCUCAGAAGGUUAUUUGAUAAAUCAAUUUAUUGUUGAACAUACGAACAAACGCAGGGAUCAAUGGGGGGGAUCAUACGAGAACCGAAUUCGUUUUCCGAUUGAGAUAAUUAAAGCUGUGCGUGCUGCUGUCGGAAAGGAUUUUAUUAUUAUCUUUCGAUUAUCGAUGCUGGAUUUGAUCGAAAAAGGCAGUACAUGGGAUGAGAUUGUGAUGCUCGCGAAGCAAAUUGAAGCUGCUGGAGCGACAAUUAUCAACACGGGCAUUGGGUGGCAUGAAGCACGCAUUCCGACGAUUGCUACAAGUGUACCACGUGGUGGAUUCUCAUGGGUGACACAGAAAAUGAUGGGAGAAGUCUCAAUUCCUUUGAUCACGACUAACCGAAUUAAUAUGCCGGAUGUUGCCGAGAAAAUUAUCGCCGAAGGACGAGCUGAUAUGGUGUCGAUGGCACGACCGUUCUUAGCAGAUCCAGACUUUGUACGAAAGACAGAAGAAGGCCGAGUAGACGAGAUCAAUACAUGCAUUGGAUGCAAUCAAGCGUGUCUAGAUCACACAUUCAAGGGAAUUACAGCGAGUUGUCUAGUAAAUCCGCGGUCGGGCUACGAAACUUCUCUGAACUACUUUCCAACCACUGAUGUUCAGCGUGUGGCGGUUGUUGGUGCUGGACCUGCUGGGUUGUCAUUUUCAGCGACCGCGGCAUUGCGUGGUCAUGAAGUGACGUUAUUUGACGAAGCUGAUGUCAUUGGCGGGCAAUUUAACAUGGCUAAGAUCAUCCCAGGAAAGGAAGAAUUUCACGAGACGCUUCGGUACUUUCAAAAGCAAUUGAAGCUCAAUGGUGUCAAUGUCAAACAUGGACGUCGUGUUGAUGCUGCAGAUCUGACUGCUGGAGAUUUUGACAAGGUGGUUAUGGCUUCAGGUGUACUGCCUCGGCCCCUUAAAAUUCCAGGUGCAGAUCAUCCUAUGGUUUUGAGCUACAUGGACGUUCUGAAAAAAAAAUCGAAAGUGGGUCAAAGGGUGGCAAUUAUUGGUGCUGGUGGCAUUGGAUUCGACGUCGCCGAAUUUCUCACGCACGUUGGCGAGUCGACAAGUUCGAGCGUCGAAGUGUUUGCUCGUGAGUGGGGAAUUGAUACGACCAACUCUGUACGUGGUGGUGUGGCUGGUAUCAAGUCCAGUGUGCCACCACCAGCGCGCGAGAUCUACUUGAUGCAGCGAAAGAGCACGAAACACGGAAAGGAUCUUGGAAAGACAACGGGUUGGAUCCAUCGACUUUCACUCAAACACCGCAACGUUAAAAUGAUUGGUGGCGUAUCGUAUGACAAAGUAGAUGACGCAGGACUACACUACACGGACAAGAGUGGCAAGAAACAAAUCUUGGAUGUGGACAACGUAAUCGUUUGUGCUGGUCAAGUACCACUUCGAGAACUGGAGAUGCCACUGCAAGAGAAGGGUAUCCCUGUUUAUCGAAUCGGUGGUGCCGAUGAAGCUGGAGAGCUGGAUGCAAAGCGUGCUAUCGACCAAGGUGCACGUUUGGCUGCCACGAUCGAGACGGCUAAGCCUGGUGAUGCGCUUGAGGUGCAACCGCCUCUGUCUGCCAAAAUCUUCGAGUUCGUGAACAAGUUGUUAUAA